AUGGACAACUCGUAUUUAGACGUUGGGGUCGAUUAUGUCGAUGAGUGUAAAAUAACACAAAAGCAUUAUCAUUCGUUCACUCCAUACUCAAACAUGUCUUUAUCAAAUAACGAUGAAAUUAGGAUAAGUGUUUUAAAUAUGGAUGCAUACACUCUACCAUGUGAAAGCUAUAUUUAUAUAGAGGGGAGAGUAAAUAAACCGCCCGAUGCAGUGGGAGAUGUACGUUUUUCAAAUAAUGGAUUGGCAUUUUUAUUCUCCGAAAUGCGCUAUGAAAUAAACGGAAUAGAAAUUCAAAAAUUAAAAACACCUGGAGUUGCAUCUUGCUUGAAAGCAUAUUGUUCGUAUACUCCAAACGAUUUGAAUACGUUGGAGAACGCUGCUUGGGACUCGGCGAUGGAUGGCGAAGAUAAUAAAAACUUUAAGAGCAACAAUGUAUUUACCGGGUGUAUCCCACUAAAACAUUUAUUCGGAUUUUGUGAAGACUAUAAAAAAAUAUUACUUAAUUGUAAUCAACAGCUGAUUUUAAAUCGCACAUCUACCGACCGGGAUGCGAUACACGUUGUUGGCGCGGGCGCAACCGAAGCAGGUUCAAAAAAUAGAAAAAUUACAAUUGAACUUACUAGGGUGGUGUGGAAAAUGCCAAUUAUCAGAGUUAGUGAUAAAGAAAAAUUAAGGUUGAUAAAAGUGGUAGAUUCAUGUAAAACACUAUAA